AUGGGAUCUACUAAGAAGUCUAAAGUUAGUGCAAAGGAUGAAAAACCACCAAAAUUGAGUGAGAAGGUAAAGAGAGAAGAAGAAUUAGCUACUUCCUCUUCCUCUUCCUCUUCAUCUUCCUCCUCGUCAUCCUCUUCUUCUUCGAGUGAUGAAAGUGGUUCUGAAUCUGAUACCGAAUCAAGUUCCAGUUCCAGUUCAAGUUCAAGUGAAUCUGGAUCUAGUUCCAGUGAUGAAUCAUCAAGUGAAUCUAGCUCUAGCUCAAGUUCUAGUUCUGAAGAUGAAGAAGAGACUGAAACCAAGGCUGAAACCAAGGCUGAACCAAAGGUUGAAGAAACUGCUAAAAAAUCGGAUCCUCAGUCCAGCGAAUCCAGUUCUAGCGACAGCUCUUCCAGUGACUCUAGCUCUAGUGAAAGCUCUAGCGAUAGCUCUAGUGAUAGUUCUAGUGAUAGCUCUAGUGAUAGUUCAAGUGAUUCUGAUUCUUCAAGUUCUAGCGAUUCCGAUUCUUCAAGUUCCAGCGAUUCCGACUCAUCUAGUUCAAGUGAUUCUGAUUCUUCAAGCUCUAGCGAUUCUGAUUCUUCAAGCUCCAGUGAUUCUGAUUCUUCAAGCUCUAGUGAUUCCGAUUCUUCAAGUUCUAGUGAUUCCGAUUCGUCUAGUUCCAGUGAUUCGGACUCAUCUAGUUCAUCAGGUUCUUCUAGCUCUGACUCCGAUUCUAGCAGCUCUGAAUCUGAAUCUGAAGAAGAAACCAAUGACAAGAAAAGAACCAGAGAAGAAGAUAAAGAAGAAUCCAAUGAUAAUAAGAAAGCCAAAAUGGAUUCCGAUAAUAGCAGCGAUAGUGUAGCAUCUAGAACUGAAUCAUUAGAAGCACAACCAGAUAGAGAGAAACUGGACAUUUCUGCAGGUACUGACGAAUUGAAAGAAGGACAAAGAAAGCAUUUUUCUAGAGUUGAAAGAAAGAAGAUUUCCUUUGAAGCAUGGGAAUUAACCGAUAAUACUUAUAAAGGUGCUGCAGGUACAUGGGGUGAGAUGGCCAAUGACAGGUUAUCCAGAGUUAGAGGUAAAGAUUUCACCAAGAACAAAAACAAGAUGAAGAGAGGUUCCUACAGAGGUGGUUCCAUUACCCUUGCAUCAGGUUCUUACAAAUUCACUGAUUAA